CGCCCCACGAUGGCCGGGGGUCUGGGCCUGCUGCUGCAGCUGCUGCUGCUCUUGGCGGCGGUGACGGACCCCGCGGCCGCGCUGAGCAACUGCACGUGCCCCACCAACAAGAUGACCGUGUGCGGCCCGGAUGGCCCUGGAGGCCGCUGCCAGUGCCGCGCGCUCGGCUCGAACACCGUGGUGGACUGCUCCACGCUGACCUCCAAGUGCCUGCUGCUCAAGGCGCGUAUGAGUAACACCAAGAGCGGCCGCGGGCUAGUCCGGCCGAGCGAGCACGCGAUCGUGGACAACGAUGGCCUCUACGACCCCGACUGCGACCAAGAAGGUCGCUUCAAGGCGCGCCAGUGCAACCAGACCUCGGUGUGCUGGUGCGUGAACUCGGUGGGCGUGCGCCGCACCGACAAGGGCGACCAGAGCCUGCGCUGCGACGAGCUGGUGCGUACGCACCACAUCCUCAUCGACCUGCGCCACCGGCCGGCCGCGCGCGCCUUCAACCACUCGGAGCUGGACGCCGCGCUGCGCCGCCUCUUCCGCGAGCGCUACCGGCUGCAGCCCCGCUUCGUGGAGGCGGUGCACUACGAGGAGCCCACCAUCCAGAUCGAGCUGCAACAGAACGCUUCGCAGAAGGCCCCCGGCGACGUGGACAUCGCCGACGCCGCCUACUACUUCGAGAGGGACAUCAAGGGCGAGUCGCUCUUCGCUGGCGGCGGCGACAUGGCCUUACGGGUGCGCGGCGAGCCCCUGCACGUGGAGCGCACGCUCAUCUACUACCUGGACGAGCAGCCGCCCCAGUUCUCCAUGAAGCGCCUCACCUCCGGCCUCAUCGCCGUCAUCGUGGUCGUGGUGCUGGCCGUCAUCGCCGGCCUGGUGGUCCUGGUGGUCAGCAACCGCAGGAAGUCGGGAAAGUACAGGAAGGUGGAGAUCAAGGAGAUGGGGGAGUUGAGAAACGAGCCAAAUCUGUAGGUGCGCAGCGGGCUUAGGGGAGGGAGAUGGGAUGGGGUGGCCCCGGCCCAAAAGGGGAAGUGGAGGCUGGGUCCUCGAGUGUUGGCCCGAGGGAGACAUUUUUCCCUGGAGACGCCCUGGUUCCCUCUAGGUCUCCUCUCCACCUCCUCCCGGAGUCACACGCCUUACACACUUUUGUAUCGAAGGACACAUUUUUAAAAUUCCUUCCCAACAAGAAUGGGGUGGGAAGCCAGCGUGAGCGCAGCCAGCUGGGUUUGCGAGGGACGGAAUCCACUUGGAAGGCUUAAUUGGGUCUAGAUGGGAAGCGGCACUCCUUAGACCGUCUGGGCUACGCACCGUCGGAUGGGGGAGCGCCACCUGCUUCCGGAGGGGUUUGGGGAGGGGGCCUGCGAAAUACCCCCCUGUCCCGAGGUUGCUGUGACCCACCACGAGUCUGUCGCCAGAAAGAAGCCCAUUUCCGCUUCUGAACGCUCUGUAGGCUCUGCAGCUAUAUUCUGUAACUCGUUUGGAUGAAAGUUAAUAUUAGUUGUUUCCUUUUGUAAAAUGUUUGUACAGAUUGCCUUUAAUAAUGCUGCUGUGAUUUUUUUUUAAAAAAAAGAAACAUAAAUUUAAUAAAGUGAAAAAAAAGUCCAA